GCGGCUCCUCCUCCGUCCAGCAGGGGGCGCCUGUCCUCCGCCCCGAGCUAUAAAAGCUGAGGCGUCUCCGCCUGCGGACACCAGACUCACCGCCUCAGCCACCAUGCAGCUGCUGCCCACCCUCUGCCUCACCUGGGCUCUGCUCCACACAGCCGAGUGUCUGCGCUGCCAUCAGUGUGUGGACACGGCGUGCUCCAACACGACGUCCGUCCUCUGUCCCACCACCAGCACCGUGUGCAGGACGCUCACCUCAGUCGUGGUGCUGAACUCCGUCUCGAGCGUGUCGGUGGUCAAGUCCUGCUCGUCGCCGGAGGUCUGCGCCACGCCCGGCUCCAUGGAGGCCGAGCUGUCCGUCAACCUGGGCGCGGCCCGCCAGGCGCACACCCAGCUCUGCUGCACCUCCGACAACUGCAACUUCCAGACGCUGGCAGUUCCCAGCACCGCCACCAACGGGAAGCUGUGCUCGUCCUGCAGGAACGCGACGGACAGCGUGGAGGCGUGCAACGCCACCCUGAGCUGCCAGGGGGCGGAAAACAGCUGCUUCAGCGGCACCGCCGCUCAGGGCUCGGGUCUGGUGGCGCUGGUCGGCUGCAUGUCCAAGAACCUCUGCACCAACAUUGUUUCCCAGAAGGCUUUGCUGGGCUCCGGCGCCAAACUCGUGUGCGGAGCGCCGUGGAGCGUGAGGGUGAGCGCCGCCCUGCUGGCCGCCGCCCUCACAGCCUGGAAAGUCCUGGUUUAAGAAAGGGCUGCGGAUGGACACACACACACACACACACACACACACACACACAUGCACUGCGUUAUUAGCUUACAGUCACUGUCAGGUCCAUGACAACAUGAUGAAGGUAAAGGUGUGUAAAUUAAUGAUAUGAAAUAACAUAAAAUAAAAUCCAUAUUUUGUUCAUA